AAGCUACAAAGUCUAUGCUAUCUUAGACAAAAUUAAAGCAUUUAAUUAUUCUCACUUCUGCUGAUUCCUUGCCUGCAUUCAAUUCAUAUUUAAGGUUAGGCCAAACCCUUUUUGGGUUGAUCAGCAACAUCAGCUAGUCAAGUCUCUCCAUUCUGAUGAACUAAGGAUGACCAAGAAUUCUCGGAGACCCGGCACCGGAGUAAGGUCGUACAACAAAUCAGACCUGCCACGUUUGAGAUGGACUCCUGAGCUUCACCAUCAAUUUGUUCAAGCGGUUGAUUGCCUUGGUGGAAAAUAUAAAGCGACACCGAAGCGAAUAUUGCAGAUGAUGAGUGUAAAAGGGCUCAGGAUUUCUCAUAUCAAAAGCCAUCUUCAGAUGUACCGGAGGUCGAAAGUAGAGACGUCAGUAUUCCGUUUGUAUCUGUGAGGCACCUGUGUGUAAGGACAACCUUUCAAGGUGGAGAUUCGAGAACUCAAACAGCGAAAUAAUUGAAGAGUUGUGAAUAUUUUUUUUCGGUGUAAUUAAUUACUUAAUUAAUUUUAUCAUUUCUAAUUAAAUCUUAAACUUGACUUAGAUGUUUUAAAGAUGAUAUUUUCCAUUUUACAAAAUUGAAUUAAGAUUCGACAGUAUGUUUAUAUACAAAAAGAUGUUAACCUCUUGUCAUGU